AAUUUUACAUUACUUGUUCCAGUUAUAAAUGUUUGGUCAACAGAACCAAUUAAGAAGACAACUAGAAGGAACCAACGCCCUGAGUCCCCAGCACUGCAAGUGUCCACACAACCGAGCAUUGCAAAUCAGAAGUUCAGCAAUAGCAGAGUCCCAGGAUCUCACACUACACUGCUGGGUCAUGAGGGCAAGUACACCCCGAGCAGUUCUGUCCCUGAUUUGGCUCAAAGGUUUGCCAGCAUGUCGCUAGGGAGUUCAGAACAGAAUCUGAGGAUGACUCACCCUGUGUAUGGGGCUGGAAUUUUGCCCACAAUGAGCCACACUUACAUCAACCAAUACACAGGCUCAGAGUUCAAUUUGGAUAAACCUCAAGCAGGUCCGCAGCUCAGUCCAGGGUACAUUUCAGUGCCUACCGAGUUGCCUCCCCACCACCACCCACUCCGCUACAGUGAAGCCCCAGCAUACCACCCCCACCAUGUUGAUGACUACCACAUCACCACUUACCAACCGGUACCAUUCAACCAGGCAAUCCUGCCAUCACACACUAUUCACCCUCGCCAUUCAACACAUAACCUGUCUCAGAGCAGAGGACAACCCCCAGGUAAGUUUACAGGUAACCCCAGCAUUCAGGGAGUAAUAAUGAGAUAUCGACUCAACGCAAUAUAGUGGUUAAAAAUCUGG